UGUUGGUUUACUCAAUCCAUGGAGUCUGUCGCUGAAGUUUUGAGGGCUGUAGGGGCGAUUGUGUCUUCGUUCCAGGCCGCUGCAGACGCGCUCGAGUUUAUAAAGGAGCGCAAGGAGAAGAAGAAACGGAAGAAAGACAAAGAGCUCGAGGAACUGCUGGAGAUCAAAAUCUUGCACAAGUCACUUAUCGAGGGCGGGACGAGAUGCCGCAAGCACUGCGAGAACAGACAACAACAGUUCGGGAGCGCAUUCGAGAUUGGCGACGCGAUUGCGGUUCCAGCGCUCAAGGAAGUCGUUAUCAGCAUUCAAUCGGAAAUCCUCCAAGCAUUAAACCUCGCACGGGCGGUGGACAGCGCAGUAUUGGACUUCACAGCUCUUCAUGAAUCGUCGGUGACAGGGCGCAAAGAUGCGACGAGGGCCAUGGACCAGCUCUGUCAGCGCAUCAUGGCAAGCAUGCAGGUUGGACCGAAAAGCCGCAGAGAGAGCGUUGAAGCGACGACUCCCUCCUCAUCCAGCCUGUUUUUUAGCUAUGCAAACAUGCAGCCGUUUGAGGACCAUGAGAGAUUCGACAAAUCAUUACCUUCGCUGCCAUCUGCCACGGAAUCGCCACCAUCGUCCAUUUACCAACGGACGCUGCCCAAUCGUGCAUUUACUGUUCGCCAACAUAACGAAACGGCUCUCCAGGCCAUCCAGAAGAGCAGGUCGCUCUUAUUGCCCGAAAGCCGAGCGUCAAGAGCGACUGAUUUGCUAGGUCAACAGGCGGAUAUCGAUUCAUUAGUAUCUCGUCCGAUUUCGAGCCUGGCCCAGGAGCAGCACCCAGAAAGCUCACCCGACCUAGAAGUUGAGCAAAGAAGCAAAGACUCGAUACGUGAUUCCGCCCUUGGAAGCGACCGAAGCUCUGAGCAUUUACAUAUCAUGAAAACCGCAUCAGUGGCUAAGUCAAUCGAGCUGCAAGGAGCUCCAAUCGGUGGAAUUGCCGUGCACGAGAACCCUUCACAUUUCAUCCCACCACCGGAGCCAAAGCCUCCAGCCGUUGAACCGAAUAUACAAGCAUCCGAUAUAGAGAAGCAAGACUACGGAACAGCAACUCCCGAUCUUGCAUUGCCCACCUCAAAUGUAUCACCUACGUCUUCUUUGACACCAAUACCACUUUCGGGGCGCCUUUCUCGCAUUGAAAGGCCCGAAGACGUGAUGCGAGCUCUCGAAGCACCAGAGGUGGUGACGAAAGAAUUCGGAAUGAUGUUUUCCAUGCGGCCGAUUGCACCUUCUCCAACCAGUCCUACUGGCGGCUCUGACAAGUAUUUGGCGUUUCGCACGCAAUCAGACUAUGCAGAAGCCCUGUUUUCUCUCAGCCCAGGAAUGGACAAUAUUUGGGCUCCUCUGUCACGACCUGCAAUGCACAAUCGAUAUCAUGGCUUUUGCAAAGGCGCAUGGCAGAUGCGCAAAGCGGUGCAUGAAGGUCUCGAAGUCCAAAUAACGGCGGCUUUGAAAGAGCCAGUCAUUCACUGGGCUUGCAAAGUGUGUAAGUUCCGCUCGAAAGCUCCGCACGCCGACGCUCUUCCCGACCAAAUACUUUUCAAUCAAAAAUAUGGCAUUCGCUAUCGGUGGCUGUUUUUGGCAAAGUCGCACCGGAGAACAGACACCUUAUCUGAUGUGGCUGACAACUACCAAUACGGCUGCAUGUUCUGCGCUGCCGAAGGACACUCGACCGCCGCCCAUGAGAAAUUGGAGCAUCUAUGGCUACAUAUAGUGUCGAAGCACAGAACAGCAACAAUGACUCCACAAGUCCGAGAGAAGACAAAGUGCGCGGUUGGAAGUAUAGGAACUCAAGACGAGAACUGGGACAUCAAUGUUCCGGAAUCGACCAAGAAAAGCGCUGGCGUUACCACCGAUGAGUUUCUCUUCUCAGCGUCGAAGCUCUUUAGCUGGAGGAAAAGCAAACGAUGACGAUGACGAGACGAGACAAUUCGAGUCGUCUCGUCUUACAACUACCGCACAGCUAUCUCAAACCGUCGUCGAGCACUUUUGCAAUCACCACCGGCUCUACAGUGCCACCGUCGCGUCACUUCUGGCGCAACGAGAAAUUCGGUCCCAUACUUGGAGAGCCUGAUCCUUUAUCAACCCGCCGGGCUGCACGCCUGUGCUGGAGUACAAUCACGUCCUCCUCCGUACUGACGACUUCAUCAUGAAUGUGAUUAUUUGGGUAGAAAGACCCUGUCGCAAGCAUAGCAAUCAUGCCGAGAUGCGAGGGAUGGGAUGAUUCUGAACCCAGAAAAUAUGGAGCUGAGAUUGAAUCGUGCUCUUCGUUCGAUGUCGAUUUAUUAUUGCACGUCGUUUCCGAGAUGCCUGAACUGUAUGGUUUUAGUACCGAUUUGUUCGCUGUAUUAUUUGCUGAGUUUUGGAUGCCGGGCAGCUAAAACUGCAUGUUGUAUAUUACCUUUACUCGGCCAAGGCGACACCAUAUUACAGCCUAUUGGCUCCUAACUUUCACG